AUGAGUGCCGUCGGAGACUCCCUGCGGCGCCUCCGCAACAGGGUCCUCCUGAGCGACGACGCCCGGAGAAGGGCAGCCAUCCGCACGGUGCCACCGCUCCCGCCCUGCCCGGCAGCCGCCGCCGUCGCCGCAUCGGACCCGUCUGCGACAGCCCAGAGCCCGCUGUUCCAGCGCAUCCCUGCCGAAAUUAGGCAGCGUAUCCUCGUCGCCGCCUUUGGCGACGGGCUCGUGCACAUGCACCUGUCCCUCGAGUGGCCACUCCUCCGCAAACAUCGCAACGACGGCAGCGACGGUCGCAGCGCCAGGCACGCCCGGCACCCGGGCAAGUACGCGUUCGACGACGCUGCCCGGCCGUUUUGGCGCUGGCGGAGCUCCCGCUGCCACUCGGGUUGCUUUCACCACCACAGCUGGCGGUUCGGGUCGCCGCAGCAAAGCGACUGGUUCCUCGACAGGGAUUACUGUGUCGACGGCGAGUGCUGCAAUGACCCCGGCGCGCCCGAGACGUGCUUCCUCGGCGCCUUGGGGUGGCUGGGGACGUGCCGGCAGGCCUACCGGGAGGGCUUCCACGUGCUGCACAGGUCCAACACGGUGCGCCUGCACGGGACAUUCAUGUUUGCGCAUCUGCCGGAACUAGUUCCCAGGUCCAGCCUCGACAGCCUCGCCCUUGUGUCGCUGCACUGGGACUUGGGGUGGCUGCCGGGCUAUCCGCGGCGUCUCCGACUCGGCGACCAUCCCGAGACGUACAACUUCCGCGAGGGCCUGGAGCGGCUACUUCCGCGGCUCUCAGCGACCCUGCCCAAUGUAAAGUGUCUACACUUGUCACUCCUAGGCCUGUUUGGCGGAGGGGAGCAGUGGCAGGCCUAUGGUUCGCGGUCCGCCGCAGUCUACGAGCAGGCCGAGGCGCUGUUUCACAAAGUGCUAGAAAAUGUUUUGCAGCUGCCAAAGCUGACCGAAUUUCGGCUGGCGCUGCCGCGGAGCAUGUUUAUGCCGUGGAUGCAAGAGGUUUUGAAUAUUACGCUGGAGUUUGACGAGGCCAUAUGGGCAAGACUACCCGCCGAGUGGCUGAGAAGAAAAACACCAGCAAAGUUGAUGGAAAGCGGCAAGAACAAGGCCGCCAUAGACCAUUUUUGGGUGCUGCUUGGCAAGUCGGAUUUACCACCACUCACGGUCCGCUGCUUCUGUUGA